CAGGUGAGACAACCACUUCACUGUUUUUCAGUGUCAGCACUACACCCCUCCCAAUGUCAGAUAUAACAACAUCAACUACAUCAACAGACACCACUCUAGGACCAGGAAAGGACAUGUCAUCAUCUGUACCUACAACUUCUCUUCCACCCACCACAGCAGAAUCAGCAACAGCUCAGAUAAGUCUACAAACUACAGCACGUCCUGUCAGCACCUCCACUCAGGACAAAACAGCCUCUUCACAGAAACAACACACAGAGAGCACUGAGACCACCAAAGAAGCACUAACCAGCACCGUCACAAAAUUCAGCGCAUCAACUUUUUCAUCAUCACCAAGUGGAAAUACCGUUACUACAGGUGUUUUUGAGAAAACAUCCCAUUCAGAUGAGACAACCACUUCAUCCCUCUCCAGUGUAAGCAGUACAUCCCUCCCAACAUCAGAAUCGAUGCCAUCAACAACCACAAUUGACAGCACUGUAGGACCAGGAAAAGACAUGUCAUCAUCUGUAUCUACAACUUCUAUUCCACCCACCACGGUACAUUCAGCAACAACUCAGACAAGUCUACAAACUACAGCACGUCCUGUCAGCACCUCCACUCAGGACACAUCAGCCUCUUCACAGAAACAACACACAGAGAGCACUGAGACCACCAAAGAACCACAAACCAGCACCGUCACAAAAUUGAGCACAUCAACAUUUUCAUCAUCACCAAGUGGAAAUACCUUAACUUCAAGUGUUCCCGAGAAGACAUCCCAUUCAGGCGAGACAACCACAUCAUCCCUCUCCAGUGUCAGCAGUACAUCCCUCCCAACGUCAGAAUCGAUGCCAUCAACAACCACAAUUGACAGCACUGUAGGACCAGGAAAGGACAUGUCAUCAUCUGUAUCUACAACUUCUCUUCCACCCACCACGGUAUAUUCAGCAACAACUCAGAUAAAUCUACAAACUACAGCAUCUCCUGUCAGCACCUCCACUCAAUAUACAUCAGCCUCUUCGCAGAACCAGCCCACAGAGAGCACUGAGACCACCAAAGAACCACAAACGAGCACCGUCACAGAUGACUCUGCAGCUACUGAAAUGAGUCUACAAAGUACAGCAUCCACUAUCAGUACCUCUACUCAGGAAACUUCAGCCUCUUCACAGAAACAACACCCAGAGAGCACUGAAACCACCAAAGAACCAGAAACCAGCACCAUCACAGAAAUGAGCACAUCAACUCCUUCAUCCUCACCAAGUAGAAAUAUCUUUACUUCAGGUGUUCCUGAGAAGACAUCCCACUCAGCUUCUGGCCCUACAGUCACCUGGAGCUCCACCACCAUAUUCACAGGUCAUUCCACACUUCUAUCUGGUACCAGCACUUUCCCACUAUCCACAGCAUCUUCAAGCUCCACUGUGAAGACUGAGACAUUAGGAACAAUCACAACCUCUCUGGGGACAGACAGUGGGAGAACCAGAGCAACGUCACUACCCUCAACUGUCCAGACCCUUAAAUCCUCACCUCCCAGCACAGGCACACACUCAACAGCUACGCCCGUCCCUAGCAAGCCCGGGAAAGGCGUUUCCCUCUUCCCCUUCGGAGCACAUGUUAGAGACGUGGAGUUUGUCAGGAGGACUGUGGACUUCACCUCGCCACUCUUCCAACCCCAGAUUGGCUUCCCUUUCGGCUCCUCUCUCCGAGAUUUCCUCUAUUUCACAGAUAACGGUCAGAUCAUUUUCCCGGAGACAGCGAACCAGAUUUUCUCCUACCCUAACCCGCCCUUUCGAGGCUUCACAGGCUGGGACCGUCUGGCUGUGGUGGCUCCAUUCUGGGAUGAUGCUGAUUUCUCCAGCCGCAGGGGAACCAUAUUUUACCAGGAAUAUGAGACGCUCCAUGAUGGCUACAGACCACCUGUAGUCCAGCAGGUGGAGUCUUGGAUUAAAAGCUUUACGAACACCUUGAACUACAAAGCCAGGUGGACCCUAAAGGUCACAUGGGUCAAUGCCCCUGCCUAUCCCGCCCAGUGGACCUUCGGGACCAACACCUACCAAGCCAUCCUCUCCACAGAUGGGAGCCAAUCCUUCGCCCUGUUUCUCUACCAAAGUGAUGGGAUGCAGUGGGAUGUGAGCCAGCACCCAGGCAACCGGGUCCUCAUGGGCUUCUCCAGUGGAGAUGGGCUCUAUGAAAACAGCCCCCUGACAUUCCAGCCAGCGUGGCAGAAGUAUCGUCCGGACCGAUUCCUGAAUCCCAACUCAGGCCUCAGGGGGCUGCAGGUCUAUAAGUUACACAGAGAAGAAAGACCCAACUACCGUCUCAGGUGCCUGCAGUGGCUGCAGAGAGAACCUCAGUGGCCCAGCUGGGGCUGGAACCACAUCUCCUGCCCUUGCUCCUGGCAGCAGGGACUACAGGACUUACGAUUCCAGCCCAACCAUAUAGGCUGGUGGGGUCUCGGCAGCAGGCAGCUGUGCAGCUUCUCCUCCUGGCGUGGGGGCGUCUGUUGCAGCUACGGGCCAUGGGGAGAGCUUCUCCAAGGCUGGAGAGUGCAGAGCCCUUGGCACCUUGAGCAAGAACUGGAGCCACAGGCCUGGUGUUGCCACUGGAAUGACAAGACCUCCUUGUGCACCCUGUACCAACAAAGGCGGCCCCACAUCAGCUGUGCAGGGUACCGGCCCCCCAGGCCUGCCUGGAUGUUCGGGGACCCACACAUCACCACCUUGGAUGGUGCCAAUUACACUUUCAAUGGGCUGGGCGACUUCCUGCUGGUUAAAGCCAGGGACGGAAACUCCUCCUUCCUGCUGCAUGGCCGCACUGCCCAGACCGACUCGGCCCAGGCCACCAACUUCAUUGCCUUUGCCGCUCAGUACAAUUCCAGCAGCCUGGCCCCCAUCACAGUUCAGUGGCUCCUUGAGCCCAAUAACACAAUCCACAUGCGGCUCAAUAACCAGACUGUGACCUUUGGAGAAGACCAGAAAAUCUUCAACACCACUGGAGUCAUAAUGACCCGCAGCGGCUCCCUGGUGUCAGCCAGCCUUGACGGGACAGUGGUUGUCUCAGUGGUUGCUCUCUCCAACAUCCUCCAUGCCUCCUGCAGCCUCCCAGAGAACUACCGAAACCACACGGAGGGCCUCCUGGGGGCCUGGAAUGACAGUCCAGAAGACGACUUCAAGAUGCCCAAUGGUACCUCCAUUCCCCAAGGGAGCACUGAAGAGAUGCUUUUUCACUAUGGGAUGACCUGGAAACUCGACGGAACAAGCCUCCUUGGCAAGAGGGACGACCACCUGCCUUCCAACUUCACCCCUGUCUUCCUUUCUCAACUGUUGAAAAACAACUCUGAGGACAAAAAUUUGACCGGGUGUAACGGAAAUAAACAAUGCAUCUAUGACACCCUGGCCACAGGAAACACGAACACUGGACUGGACACGUGGAAGCUCUUUCGAGUAUACCAGCAGACGAACGCCACCCUCAAUCAGUACCCACCCUCUAUUGGUGGCCCCCAGGUGGUGAAAGCCUUCAUGGGGCAGCCCAAGCUGUUUGACUAUGGAAGCAGCUCUAAGGAUGUCACAUUCACUCUCAGAAACAACCCCAGUGAUGACUUCAAGCUUUUUGAGAAUGGAACACUGCUGUGGACACCCAACUCGAUGCAACCAUUCACUCUGGAGAUUCUUGCAAGAAAUGUCAAGAACAACUUAUCAUCUGUAGCCCGGCCGAAGACUGUGGUGUGUGCCUGCAAGAAAGAGAAACAGUGUUUAUACAACGAGACCAGCAGGGUGGGCAAUGCCUCCCUGGAGGUGGCCGACUGCAAGUGUGACAAGAACACCUUCGGUCAAUACUGUGAGCACUCCAAGGACUACUGUGAGGAGCAGUGCUUCCCGAAUGUGAAGUGCAUUCCUGGGAAGGGCUGCGAGGCUUGCCCCUUGAACUUCACCGGGGAUGGGCGUCACUGUUCACUUCUGGAAGACUCUAGGCUCUGUAAGAACAACUCCUGCCCUGUGGAUUACUGCUACAACUCGGGCCGUUGCUACAUCUCCCAGUCUCUGGGCUGCCAGCCCGCCUGCAUGUGCCCCCCAGCCUUCACAGAUGCCCGUUGCUUCCUGGCUGGGAACAAGUUCACUCCAACCAUCAUUUUAGAACUUCCCUUAAGAACCAUCCAGCUCUAUCUUAGUGAAGAAGAAAAUGCCACUGAAGCAGAGGUCAACGCUUCGGUAGCCUACAGACUGGACAAGCUGGACAUGCGGGCCUUUCUCUGGAAUAGCAGAGUGCAAAAAAUUGGCCCUCCAGCAGCACUGGCCUCAGGAAAAUCCCUGCAAAGGUGGGAAGUCUUUUCGGAGUUCCAGUACAGCCCUCGGGGUCCUGUCAUUGACUUCCUGAACACCCAGCUGCUGGACGCAGUGGUGGAAGCAUUUUUACUGAAGGCGCCUGUGGGGAAGUGGAAGAGAAGUGAAGAGCCCAGGAACAACGUAGUCUUCUGCCCCGUCUCCAGGAGAGAUGUGCUCAGCGUGAUAGCUUGGAACGUCAGCGCGCUGCAGCCUUACUUACGUUGCAACAGCUACAAGGGCUACGAACUGGUCUACAGCCCGCAGGACGGCUUCACGUGCGUGUCCCCAUGCAGUCAGGGCUACUGUGAGCACGGAGGCCAGUGUCGUCACCUGCCGGAUGGGCCCCGCUGCAGCUGUGUGUCCUUCUCCAUCUACACGACCUGGGGCGAGCACUGUGAGCUCCUGAGCAUGAAACUCGGCGCCUUCUUUGGGAUCCUCUUUGGGGCCCUGGGCGCCCUCUUGCUGCUCGGGGCCGUGGUGUUUGCGGUCCAGCGCUUCUGGUGCUCCGAGGCGCGGUCCUCCUACCUCGUGGAUUCAGAAAGCUGAAGCCUCAUCCCCACCCACAGCUGUGGCCUAAAAUACCUCGAGACCCACCCCAGCCACACCCACAUACUUCCAGCCGCCUUCGAUUUGGGGAGAUUGGGGAAAGGGAGAUGACUGAAGGUGAUUGAGGAUUCUUCAAGGAGAAUGAGUAAUGGGAAUGAAUUAUGAUAAAGACAAGAGCACAACUUAUCUGUUUACACAAAGGUGGACUGGAAGAGACCCUAAAGAUCUACUACAUAAAGGCAUGGAUUCUCACACAGGCAUACUCACGAGGAGGACUGACCUACACACACACACACACACACACACACACACACACACACCAGAGUUAAUAAUGGGGUGACGGCUCUAACUUAAAAGUCAAAAUGCAUUUGCACAAAAACUCUU